CCCGAUGACGUCACGGACGCGGCGGCAGCUGCAGCGCCUGGGCAAAGUCUCGUUGGCAAAGUCUCGCGAGAGUCGUACCGCGGCCGUGUUUGCCUCUCUCAAGAUGGCGCUUGUUUUGCUUCGAGGGGCUACUUCCGCUUGUUGGUGGCGUCACUUCCGCCCAGGCUGUGGCGGGCGAUUCCAACGGUGGAAAAAAGGGAGAGAGAGGCGCUUGAAGCAGGAGCCCCGAAGGAAGGGCGCCAUGACGGGAGAAGGGCGCCUGAGAAGGAGGAGGGCCCGCUCCGCUGGGGAGGCCCGGGAAGCUCCCGUCCCGACUCCUCCGAGGCGCAGAUCCGAGAGGAAUGCCGCUUCUGCCGCUCGACCUGCGGCAGCGACUCCUGGGGACCUUGCCUUGGCGGCAAACAAAAUGGCGGAGAGCCUGCAUCCCGGUCCUCGCAAGAUGAAGCCAAUCACCCUGAAAAAGAUUGUGCCACGAAGCCGGCAGAUAAGAGAGGCUGCCUUAACCCCUCGCCGGAGUCCAAGGAUCUCUUUUAAGGAAGACAAGGAGAAUGUCCCCCUGGGGAAAGGUCCUGGUGCCUUGAAGCCUCCCUCCCCACAGUCUGCCUUGGUUCCUGAAGCAGGGAAGGAUGCCCUGUCCCCGGUCACUGACAACGCAAGCGUCUCCUCGCCAGAAGACGAGCGGGACCAGGCCAUGGCAAAAAGAGUGCGCCGAUCUUACAGCCGCCUGGAGCUGUCCGUGUCUCGCAGCUUUCUAGAGAAGCCAAUGUCCCCUGGCUCUGGUCUCUCAGACACCUCCACACCGAACCACGGCCCGGGCAAGCGGCAAACUCUCUUUGGGUUUGAGAAGCUCCUGGUUCCAGAUGGGUUGGCCGACGUGUCUCCCGUGAACACAAACGCCACCCAGAGAAGAACGGCCACAGAAACCGAGGCCUUCAUAGAACCCGACACAAACAUCCCGGGGGUUUUGUUGGUCAAGGAAAAGCGAAGGAAGAAGAAGAUGCCCCAGUUCAAUCCGUCAGAACUGGACGAGUGGGUGACCCAGAUGAACGCUGAGUUCGAAGAGGCAGAGAAAUUCGACCUCCUGGUGGAAUGAACGUCUCCCUUCCUGCCGCAGUUUCUGCGUGUUCUGAGUAUAUCUGUGGCUUGGACUUCUUACCUCCCCGAAACCUGCCUGACAUGACACAGCUUUGCUUUCUGGGGACUUGGUUACUAAAAGGCCUCUAACUGUUUUAUCAAUGGUCCCAAGACUCACUAAGAUUUGCAAGGCGCAUAAGCUGUGUGUCCUUGUCAUAAAUGGCCUUUUGAGCAUUAGGAACCUCUCAGCUGCACUGUGUGGACUUAAUGCUUAUGUUCUCAGUCCUUUACCUCUUUGACGGGUAGCUAGGAGAUUUGCCUUUUCUUCAUAGUUGGCAGGGAAAACAUGGUUUUUUGUUUAAAAUGUGGGUUUGUAUAUAAAAUGCCCCCCAAGUUUUCUUUCCGUCCCAUAGGUUUAAAAAGAAACAGUUUAUUGUUUGCAUUGGAUAUCUAGAGAGUCACCUUUGUCUACUGUGGAGCAUCAAUUUCUUCUGCCUUGCCGGAUAUUUGGCUGGACGAUCUUAGGCGAUCCUUUUUUUGAAACAAGGACAUGUCAAUAGGCGAUGUGAGAUGCUACCAUUAGGCCAUGGUUGUUAAUUCUGGUCAAAGCACUUCUCAAAAUGGUGAAAUGGGUGAAGUUCUGUCCGUUGCAUUUCUGUUUCGCAGGACACCUCCGUAGAGAUAAUCCUAGACGAAUUAAAAAGGCAUUCCCUCACCCCUUGAUGACA